CGGUAAUCCUGCUGAAGCAAUAAGCAACGAGUAAGCAAAGUUCACACCAAGUCCUUCACAGUCACUUUCGCAAAGGCUUACUUAAAUUCCACGCUCUCGCGGACUCGGAGUCAUACAAGGACGAGGAUGGGGCGGGCUCCAUGUUGCGAAAAAGUGGGACUCAACAGGGGCCCCUGGACGAGAGAGGAGGAUGCUCUCCUGAUCAAGUAUAUUACCGCACACGGCGAAGGAUCCUGGCGUACAUUGCCGAAACAAGCAGGUAUUAAGCCAGUCAAUUUUGAUGAAUUCACUUACAUACCUUACGCUCAUGUUUUUUUUUGUUGCACAGGACUUAGACGGUGUGGUAAAAGUUGCAGGCUGAGGUGGAUCAAUUACCUCCGGCCUGAUCUCAAACGAGGAAACAUCACCGAGGAGGAGGACGAGCUCAUCAUUAAGUUGCAUUCGCUGCUUGGUAACAGAUGGUCACUGAUCGCGGGCCGGUUAGCAGGACGCACGGACAACGAAAUAAAGAAUUACUGGAACACUCACCUCAAGAAGAAGCUCCGUAGCAUGGGGAUCGAUCCUCACACUCACAGGCCUCUGGAAGAAGUGGAACAGGAGGCCAUGCAAGGAAGAGGCUCUUGUUCCUGUCAGCGGAGCAAGAGCACCAAUGCAGGAUCCUCGUCUUCGUCCAGUGACCACCAUCAUCGGCCACCACGCGGAAGGCCCAGCCAAAGAGGUAAAGUCUCGUUCCACAAGCUGCUCACAGAUGACCACGAACACGGCUCUCUCGAUGCUGACGUUGGAACAUCAUCCGCAAGAGGACCCCCUGCAUCCCCGGCGAGUAUGUUUUCUCAUAAUAGUUCCUCUACAGUCCAGGACCACACCGAUAACCAGCACGGUGUGGCGGCUUCCGUCGCUAGAACUGCCGGUCCAGGUGGUUUCAACUUCGCAAACUACUGGGACCAGACGCGGGGCUUGCAGAGUUCCUUCAACUCAGCAACAAUGAGCUCGUCUUGCACGGACUCUGUUGUCAUCAGCAGCAGCUAUUUCCCACGUCCCAACAGCGAGUUCCUCAGCAUUCCUUUUGAGUAUAACCCGGUGAAUGUGGACUGGGAAGGCAACGGAGUAAAGACCGAGCAGGAAGUUCUGUUCUCGGAGUCCGACAACGUUCAUAGAAACCAGGAAGGUUUUAGUUAUGCCUUUGUCAAUCCUCCCUCCAAUGUUGAUCACGGCAUAUGGGACGUGGACGUUGUUCGUCAAAUGGAGGACAUGGAUCCAGCCAUGCUCGUUGGAGACCAUCAUGCACAGGCAAGUGCCCCUCAAGAAUACUGGGAGCACCAUCCAUAUAAUCCAAUCCCAAAGACCGACAUGAGUCUCUGGCCUGGCAAAGAGAGUAACACACGCAAAUCACGCAAGUGCCAAUAAGCAUAACACGAUCAUAUACUUGAUAAAAUAUAGGCGGUACCAGCAAACGCAAGAAAAGUCACUACACCCUGUAACGCUAAAGUCGCCAUUAGCAAAAGCAGACCUUUCAAAUUCUACAAAAAAUCUUGCAUUC